AUGGGGAACAAGGGGGGGUCUGAGGGCGGAGGAAUGGGGAACAAACCUGGGUGGCAACAGCCGGGAUUCCCUCCUCAUUCCCGCCCCAGGCAGGGACCAGGAUUUUCCUCGGGAUUUGGGGGGAUUUGGUGCCCAUCUCGUGGCAUUUCGCGGGGGGAAAGGACAGAGCAAAGGUGGCCAGGGACGAGGAGCCACGGGGGGCUCCCUUCUCUGCCCCCUGGAAGGGCUCCCAGGACCCCAAUGAUCCAGCUGCAGGACCAUGGAGGAGCCCAGAGGGGCUGGAAUUCUCCCGAGUCUCUGUGGCUGUCACUUGGGGCAGAGCUUGUGACAAGGACUCCCAUCGCUCCAAUCCCCCCUCUGCUUCCAGGGGAGCUGCUGAAUGAAGCCAGGAGCUGCUGGUGGGUGAGAGACCCCCCGAGCUCUGCAUGGAUGGGAAUGGGGAGAGCUGCCCACAGUAGGAGCCCAGGGCAGCUGGAAAACUUUGGCUUCUUCCUCCGAGCUUUUCUGCUCCUCUUCCUCUUCAGGCAUGUCUCUUCCCAGUGCAAGAUCCUCCGCUGCAACUCGGAGUACGUGGCGGCCACGCUGCACCUGCGCGGCCCCGAGCGCGGCGCCGCCUUCUGCACCGCGCUGCGCUCCUACUCGCUGUGCACGCGCCGCACCGCCCGCACCUGCCGCGGCGACCUGGCCUUCCACUCCGCCGUGCACGGCAUCGAGGACCUCAUGAUCCAGAACAACUGCUCCAAGGAAGGCCCCACGGCCCCGCCGCGGCCCCGGCCCGCGGCGCCCAACGCCGCGCACGGCUUCGAGUCGCUCGAUAUCUGCGAUUACGAGAGGAGUUUCCUCUACAAGCACGGCCGGCCCCCCGGUUUCCAGCACUGUGCUGCUUUUGGGGACCCCCACAUCCGAACCUUUCACGAUGAUUUCCACACGUGCCGGGUGGAGGGCUCCUGGCCGCUCUUGGACAAUGAUUACCUGUUUGUGCAAGCCACCAGUUCGCCGGUGGCCAAGGGGUCCAACGCAACAGUCACCAGCAAGCUCACCAUCAUCUUCAAAAACAUGAAGGAGUGCAUCGACCAGAAGGUCUACCAGGCCGAGCUGGACAACCUCCCCGCAGCCUUCCAGGACGGCUCCGUCAACGGCGGCGCGCGUCCCGGCGGGAGCAGUUUGUCCGUCCGCGAGCUCAGCCCCGGCCGGCACGUGGAGAUCCGCGCCGGCUACAUCGGCACCACCAUCGCCGUGCGCCAGGCCGGCCGCCAGCUCUCCUUCUCCAUCCGCGCCGCCGAGGAGGUGGCCAGGGCCUUCACGGAGGAGCAGGACCUGCAGCUCUGCGUGGGCGGCUGUCCCCACAGCCAGCGCAUGUCCCGCAGCCCUCGCGGGCGCGGGCGCGUCCCCGCGGAGACGGCGCGGGCGCUCUGCCGGGAGAUGCUGCCCGUGGAGGAUGUCUACUUCCAGUCGUGUGUCUUUGAUGUGGUGACCUCGGGGGACGCCAACUUCACCAUGGCAGCGCACGGGGCGCUGGAGGACGCUCGGCUCUUCCUGCCCGAUGCUGAGAAGCUCCACAUCUUCCAAGCUGGGGGAGGCUGCCAGCUCAGCUCUCCGUCGUUGCUGCUCCUCCUCUUCCUCCUCCCGUGUGGAUUUUGGGCUGGUUUGUUGCACUUUUAA